CAAAAGCCUGCCACACGAUUGGCUGACGAGAGGUGCGCUCUGGCGUCUCUGGGUCCUCGCUGCCAAACCGCCUAUUGAUAUGCAAAGUAGACCUUAUAAAUACUUUAGACAACAACUCACUUCCAGCGACAGAACUCGUUGAGAUUACACAAUAAAAAGCCGGUUUGCGUGUGUGUGUAUGUUUCUGUAACUGUGUGAGCCUACCAGCUGCUCUCUCCGUUGGAUUGAACCGAUCUGUGGAUUACAGUAGUUCGCAUAUUAAUUUUUUUUGGGGUUGAAACCAAAAAUGGCUCCCUCAUCCAGACCUUACAAAAAUGGAUCUGCGCAGGAUGAUGAUGAAUAUUUUGGGAUUAAAGGCGACAGAAAGGCGAGAAAGCCUUUGGUUGAGAAAAAGAGACGAGCUCGGAUCAAUGAAAGUCUACACGAACUGAGAGGCCUUCUUGCAGAUAGUGAUUUUCAGACAAAAACGGAGAAUGCCGAAGUGCUGGAAAUGACUGUGAAACGAGUUGAGAAUAUUCUUCGGAGCAGAGAUCUUGAAACCGACACCAUGAACCGUGAAGCAAGCGAGCGGUUCGCUGCAGGAUACGUACAGUGCAUGCACGAGGUGCACAUGUUCGUGUCGAAUUGCCCCGGGAUAGACGCUGCAGUGGCCGCGGAGCUGCUCAACCACCUUUUGGAAUCUAUGCCCCUGAACGAAGACCAUUUUCAGGACAUGCUUGUGGAUUUAAUGUCGGACUCUCCCAGCAGCAGCAGCACUUGGCCUAGCAGCGAAGGGGUAUGCCCAUCCAUGAUAUCCCCCGGGGGUGCGGGGUUGUCUGGCCAUUCUCCAGCGCCUUCUACCACAUCCAGCGAGGACACAUGUUCCGAUCUAGACGAGACUGAUACGGAACCCACUCAAACUUCGUCGGAUAACUCCAGGAGCCACAGCAUACCUGGUGUCCUCUGCUCGAAAUCCAUGUGGAGACCGUGGUGAAACUGUGAACCGCUUCUUUAAAAAGAACAAGGCACGAAAUGGAAAUCUACCUAGUAGUUUUGGCUCACGUCUUUGUAGAAUGACCGUGUACAGUUUUCAAAUGGUGCAUGUGUGUGUGUGUGGUCGUCAAACUUGGAAUUUUAAAAACUCGUGAGAAAUGUAUCGUAUGGCACUGUUACGGACGACUGUUUUAUUUUAUUUUCAGUUGUACUGUUCCACUGUACUCGUUGAGUGAAUUAUAUUUGUUUAGGACAUCGUAGCAAAGCUCUUUUGUAAAGCACAGCUUCUCUUGGUAUCGCCCGCCCCCCUUCCCCUUCCCCUUCCCCUUCCCCUUCCCCGAUUUUAACUCCAGAUGUCCAAUUUAUUUCACAUUGAGAAAAUAGGCCUGGGAACAUACCCUGGGCAGUAAAGGGUUAAGGGACUGGCACAAGGAUGCGCUGUGUGUGUGUGUAAUAUGCAAGGACUCGUUCCUACAAGGGAUAGAAUUGGUUAGCAUAAUUAGGGAUGUAUUUCUACCUUCUGUGAAGGAAGGGUAAACUCAAAUAAAUUGCAAUGUUUAGAUGUAAGUGUUGUUGAUAGCAGGAUGCCUUGAAAACUGCAUAUUGUUCUGGACAUGAGAAACGACUGGUAGCACAUUAUUAAUUUUAAAUGUAUAUUAGGUAUUGUAAAACGUUUCCUAUUUUGGAACGUCUAAUAAAACAUAUUAAAGAAAAGCGUUCUGCUUUAUUCAUCUCA